CGGACGGACACGGUGACGGACAGCGAGGAGCAUGGGCGGCCGAGGCCGAGGCCGAGGCCGGGGCGCCGCCGGGGAGACCCACCGCCCACGCUGAGGUGCUCUUCCAUGAAUGAGUUGCAUCACCUGGCCGGAGUGAACACUAAUAAUGAGCGGUGCGGCUUUGGGGAUUGAGAUAGUCUUUGUUUUUUUCCUGGCUUUGUUCAUACUUCAUCGAUAUGGAGACUUUAAGAAGCAGCAUAGGCUUGUGAUUUUGGCAACACUGUUGGCCUGGUAUCUCUGCUUUCUCAUAGUCUUCAUAUUGCCUCUGGACGUUAGUACGACAAUAUACAAUCGGUGCAAACAUGCUGCCAAUUCUAGCCCUGCAGAAAACAACAAUAGUACCACUCCAGCUCCUGCUCCAAGAGAGCAGUCAUGCCUUAAGCCUUGGAGUUACAUCCCUAAUGGGAUCAUGCCAGUUUUCUGGCGGGUGGUUUAUUGGACAUCACAGUUCUUAACAUGGAUUCUGCUACCUUUCAUGCAGUCGUAUGCAAGAUCGGGCGGGUUUUCCAUAACUGGAAAGAUCAAAACAGCACUGAUUGAGAAUGCAAUCUAUUACGGCACCUAUUUGCUGAUUUUUGGAGCAUUUUUAAUAUAUGUGGCUGUAAACCCGAAUUUGCACCUUGAGUGGAACCAACUUCAAACAAUUGGGAUAGCUGCCGCCAAUACGUGGGGUCUUUUCCUCCUCGUGUUACUUUUGGGGUACGGCUUGGUGGAAAUUCCUCGCUCUCACUGGAAUGGAGCCAAGCGGGGUUACCUACUCAUGAAGACGUAUUUCAAGGCUGCUAAACUGAUGACCGAGAAAGCUGAUGCAGAAGAGAAUUUAGAGGAUAUUAUGGAGGAGGUUCGUAAAGUGAAUGAUAGCAUCAAGUACAACCACCCUUUAAGAAAAUGUAUCGAUACCAUAUUAAAAAAGUGUCCUACAGAGUAUCAGGAAAAAAUGGGUAGGAAUAUGGAUGAUUAUGAAGACUUCGAUGAAAAGCAUAACAGCUACCCAAGUGAAAAAAACCUAGUCAAGCUGCAUAAGCAGGUGAUUUACUCAGUUCAGAGACACCGUCGUACCCAAGUCCAGUGGCGCAUUCUUUUGGAACAAGCGUUCUAUUUAGAGGAUGUGGCAAAAAAUGAAACUAGUGCCACCCAUCAGUUCAUACAUACUUUUCAGUCACGAGAGCCGGAAAACAGAUUUAUCCAGUAUUUCUACUCGCCAACAAUUGAAUGGUACUGGGAAUGUCUCCUGCGACCCUGGUUUUACAGGAUUCUUGCUAUUGUUUUGGCCACCUUUUCGGUGAUCGUUGUUUGGUCAGAAUGCACGUUCUUCAGCACUAGACCUGUCCUUUCUCUAUUUGCCGUCUUCAUACAGCUGGCAGAAAAAACCUACAAUUAUAUUUAUAUCGAGAUGGCUUGCUUCCUGACCAUCUUCUUUCUAAGCAUCUGCGUUUACUCCACCGUCUUCAGGAUUCGCGUAUUUAAUUAUUAUUAUUUAGCUUCCCACCACCAGACCGAUGCUUACAGUCUUCUUUUCAGUGGCAUGUUAUUCUGCCGUUUGACGCCUCCUUUGUGUCUCAAUUUCCUGGGCUUGACCCACAUGGACUCGUCGAUCUCUCACCAGGACACUCAACCAACCGCAUAUACGUCAAUUAUGGGGUCCAUGAAAGUGUUGUCCUUCAUUGCAGAUGGGUUUUAUAUAUAUUACCCCAUGCUGGUUGUCAUUCUCUGCAUUGCUACUUACUUUAGUUUGGGGACCCGUUGCUUGAAUUUGCUAGGUUUCCAGCAAUUCAUGGGUGACAAUGACAUGACAUCUGAUUUAGUUGAUGAAGGAAAAGAGUUAAUUAGAAGAGAGAAAAGAAAAAGACAGCGGCAAGAGGAAGGUGAAAAUCGAAGACGAGAGUGGAAAGAGCGUUAUGGAAACAGUCGAGAAGACUCCACUAGGAAUAGAAAUAUUCACCCAGACCCAAAAGAAUCAAACUUCUCCGAAACAAAUGCAAGCAGGCCAGUCUCUAAGUACACCAGGUCAAAUAACAGAACCGAAAGGGACAGAAUAGAGCUUCUUCAAGAUGCCGAACCUUUGGAUUUUAACGCAGAAACAUUCACAGACGAGCCCCUCGAUUCAGAAUCAGGAAGGUAUCAGCCUGGUGGAAGGUAUUUGUCGAUGUCUCGAAGCAAAAUAUUCGAUGAUGUCUAAAGCGUCAAAGUGUUUAUGAAAACGUUGAUGCCUAAGCCUCCGAUUCACUCGUCACGAAAUACAGUAUUUGCAAUAUCCAUUUAUCUCUGAAUUUCCUUUCCAUUCUGGAAAGGAGCGUCACGGUGGAAAAGCAGAAACACUGGCGUUUCGAAUUGCAGCUUGCGUCGCAAUUCAUCCAUUUUGACUCCGUUUCUGAUUGAGUAGCGUGUCAUCUUCUCUUAGUAGAUAUGAUUGCGUACCAAUAGCUGUGUCCGUUUUACAAGGAGGAAAAUGAAAUUGAAAGGGACAGAUUCAGAUAAAAAUCAGUCCUGAUUUAAACACUUGAUUUGUAGUUCAGGUUGGUUGGGGUUUCUAUUUAGGUUCCUUACUUCUCUUCCUGAAGUAAACUCAGCUGAAGUUAAUACAGGUUUGUCUAUUUGCAGUACAGCUUCACCUUCUGUGAUGUGUGUGUGCAUGUAUGUUUUUGUGCGCACAGGCCGACACACAGAUACAUACACAUGUAUAUUUGCUAUUUGAAGAAGCUUUUACUCGUGCGUUUCCAAGAAAAUGAAAUUGAAUCGAAGUUUAAAGGGUUUAACACAUUCAUAGCGGUCCUAUCGUGAAAUUCAAAGCUGAGCCUUCAUCCAUAAAGUGAGAAAAUCACUUGCUUCAGCAUUAUGUGCAAAUAAGUGAGUUGUUUGCAUGUAUCAAUAUCAUUAAGAGGACACUUCAGCCUACUGAACAGUUAGUAUUUUUAAGCAUGUGUGCAAUAAUCAGGUGAUCUUUACCUUUUUUUAAGAAGCCUCUGAUGACAGCUGGAAAUAUUUUUCUGUUUUUGUUGUAAUUAAUUUGAAAGAUAGCAUUUUAAAUGGCAGGACGUAAUGCCUGUCUUUUGCACAUUAAUUUAACUUCUUCCUUUUUUGUUCAAGGAUAAGUGGUACUUGAAGGUCCUUUUGAUAUCCUAAGUGCAUUAUGGAAGGUAUCUGUGCUUUUCAAAGGUGCCUAAUAUUCUUGUAAAUUUUUUGUAGAAAUGGAUGCAUGCUUACUCGGUCAAGGAACUAAUGGUAGUCCAUAACACUGUAAAAAAACCCACAAAAAACACAACACUUAGAAUCCCCAGCAUUCCUUGCAGUGCACUGUGGUCAAUUUGAAGGUGUUUGCAAAAUGAAAAUUUAAACAGCAUAAUAAAUUGUGACCUGUUGUUGUGGAGAGCAUGCUCAUGUGUUGAAAUCACGUGCUUCAUUGUAAUUUUGAGGCCAUGCUUUAAAGAUCACCAUCUGCUUGUAUUGAAGUGAAAAUGUGCAGGUAAAUGUGUGUGAUUGUGGGCAAUCUUAUGUUCUGAAAGGAGUUGCAGUUGUCAGAAAUUAAAGCAUUGCUCGGAUGAAGAAACGUAAAAAAAAAAUUUGGAAAAA